AUGUUUCAAUAUGUAAAUAUACGAGUAAUUCGAGUAAUUCACUUUGGAAAUUAUUUAAGAAAAUUCAUUACAACUAGUGGUUUACAAAAGUAUAGUAAUUCAAGUCAAAAUGAACAAACCACUUUGGAUAUUUCGAAUAAUGACAAGCAAGAUAUGCCCAAUAUAAAAUCGAGAGAUAUGAAUUAUUGGACACAACAUGAAACAGAUAUCCUUAAAAAUGCAGUUUUCAAACACGGAAAUAAAUGGACAUAUAUUACAAAGGAGUAUUUUAAAUCUAGUAGAAAACCUGAAACAUUAUGUCAAAAAUGGAAAACCAUUAGGUUAAGCGAAUCGAGACCAUCAUAUUAUAAUAGAUGGUCGGCUGAAGAAAUUAAAUUAUUAAUUAAUGGAGUGGAAAAAUAUGGUGUCGGCAAUUGGACAGAGAUAUCAAAACUAAUUAAAACUAAAGAUAGUUAUCAGAUUCAAAAAAAAUGGAAACAAGUUUCAAAGAAAAAAAGUGGUAAAUGGACAAAAGAAGAAGAUUCACUUUUACUCAAAUUAAUUGCGGAAUACGGAGGUAAAUGGAAUAUAAUCAGCGAUUUUAUCGAUCGACCUUAUAAUUCAUGUCAGACGAGAUAUCAGACUCUUAGUUCUAAACCUUGGACACCGGAAGAAAAUAGCAAACUCCGAGAUGCCAUUUUAAAAUAUAAUCAUGAUUGGGACAAAAUCAUGAAAAAUUUUCCAGAUCGAACCUUAUAUGAGAUUAAAAAAUAUUAUUGGAACAAUCCGAAAGCUAAUCCAAAUGCUAAUACGGGUAGAUGGAAAGCAGAAGAGGUUAAGAAAUUCUGGGAAGCCUUUGAAAUAUAUGGCAAAAAAUGGAUUAAUAUUUCGAAAGAUGUUGGUACGAGGACACCGAAACAGUGUCAUAUGUUUUUUCGAACGAGGGAAUAUACUAAUGAGAUUGGUAGCCAGUAA